CGCUGCAGCAGUGCCCUCUUGAAGUUUGCUGAAUUCAAUUAGUGAUAUCUAAAUUACGAAAAAAAUAAGAGGAUAAACCUGGUGUGUGCUAUGGUUUUUGGCCCUGUUGCCCAACCCUAGCUGAACUCUGCUGAAGUUCCUUCUUCCAUCGCUCUGUUCGGUAACUAGAGAGUAAUAAGUGGAUAAAGUGUCUGAGCCAGACAGCAUGGAUAGAAACGGAGUAUACGUCUUCCAGCGAUCGUGAUGCCAAGCGCCGGUCUAAUCCCGUGCACCCAUCCCGUAAUGCCUGCUCUCUAACCCGCUCCAGUGUGGCGCCGUGCCCCGGUCACACCGCCAGCAUGAGCAGCACCGACCUGGAGCGCAUGUCGCUCAGCUCCUCGGCCAACUCGGUGGCCUCCAGCGCUCGGACUCUAUCUGCCAACGUGAAGAAGCUGCACAACGCUCUCAACCUCCUGCUGAACGACUUCGAGAGGGAACAGUUCAUCCACUGCCUCAACGUGUACCACUCCAAACGGAACGUAUACGACCUGGUGCAGACCCUGAACGUCAUCCUGAACGCGCCCAGCAAGAGGCAACUUCUGCCCAUGCUACGGCUCGUCAUUCCCCGCUCUGAUCAGCUCCUCUUCGAGCAGUACACCUCGGAGGGCCUCUACUUAAAAUCGGAUUUGGUUGCAAGCAAUGGCACCGCUGAACCCCCUCCGGGUGACUUCCCCAGCGCCAGCCCGACUCCUUCCGGGCAGUUCUCCCCAAACAAUCAGCCCGAGUACCAGGUGGCGCUACGAGGCUCCCCCGACAGUUUCAGCACCAGCAGCGAGGGGACAGCUCCCAUGGUGCCGCUGCUCGGGAGAAACUUUAUCCACGAACCGCCGGGAGAGCUGCGCCAGGUCACCAUGAAGCGGCACAAGAGCAACGAGGGCCUGGGCUUCAGCAUCCGGGGGGGCUCGGAGCACGGGGUCGGUAUCUAUGUGUCCCUGGUGGAACCAGGAAGUCUGGCGGAGAAGGAAGGACUCCGGGUCGGCGACCAGAUCAUGAAAGUUAACGACAAAGUCUUUGAAAAAGUUACACAUGCUGAAGCCGUGAAGGUGCUGAAGGGCAGUAAAAAGCUUUGCCUCUCUGUGCGUUCGGUCGGGCGGAUUCCAGGCGGCUACGUUACCAACCACGUCUACACCUGGGUCGACCCUCAGGGACGUGGCGUGUCCCCUCCCCCUGACCUGCCUGAGCAUCGGAGCGCCACCCUCAGAAGAAGCGACAGCCAGAGACGCAGCAACAUGCAGCUUCUGCAGGAGGGAGACGAGAAGAAGGUAAACCUGGUUUUGGAUGACGGCCGGUCUCUGGGUCUCAUGAUCCGAGGGGGAGCAGAAUAUGCUUUGGGUAUUUACAUCACAGGAGUGGACCAGGGAUCGGCAGCAGAGUGUGGAGGACUCAAGGUGGGCGAUCAGAUCCUGGAGGUGAACGGUCGCAGCUUCCUGAGCAUCCCGCACGAUGAGGCCGUCAGGGUCCUGAAGUCUUCGCGGCACCUGAUGAUGACCGUGAAAGACGUAGGCCGCCUGCCGCACGCCAGGACUGUAGUGGGGGAGACCAAGUGGAUCGCCAGCUCGCAGAUUGCUGAGAGCUCGGCCAACAGCAGUGUCGCAAGCUUCUCAUUGGAGAAAGGAGCCUCUGCAUCAGGAAAGUCUGGUUUCUAUAAAGGUGUAGCAGGAUCACAGGUGACCCUGUCCAGCCUGGUGAACCAGUCACGGGCCAUGCUGGAGGAGCAGGCGCGUCACCUGUUGACUGAGUCGGAGCGUCAGACGAUGAAUUACUAUGUGGAGGAGUACCGGGACGGGCACAUUGGUGUGGAGCAGCUAGUCAUCGCACUGUUCGAGCUGCUCAACACACAUGCAAAGUUCUCUCUGCUGUCGGAGGUGCGAGGCCUAGUCACCCCACAGGACUUAGAGCUCUUUGACGGGCUGGUGCUGCGACGGGAAAUUCAGGCUCUAAAGGCGCGACAGGGGACGAGUGGAGCCACGGCACACCAACCGGACUCCCUCUCUAUGGUUUCGUAUCCUGACACCCUGACAUCGUCUUCAGCCAGCUUCAUGACCAACACCACCCUGAGCUCUGCACGGAACGACAGUGUGGCUGAAAGCAAUGAGGGGGAUCCUCCGGAGAGUCUGAACACGCUGCUGACAGACAUCUCUCUGGACGAUGUUCAGUCCAACACAGCAGACUCUCCCCCCUCCUUCAAGCCCCCGCCUCCACCAGGCGUACAGAGGCGCCCAAGUAGACGAGAUCAGCUCAACAAAUGCCCCUCAUCUGAAUCAUCCCACUCAGGCUUGUACUUCACAGCCCCGCCCUCUCACAACCACAGCAAAGAGCCAGGACGCACCCCCACCUCACCGUCGCCGCACUACAAACGAGAACACCCAAAGGACACGUCUCGGGACUAUGCGGUGGUCAGAAAGAAAGACCCUACACUUCCUUUAAAGAAAGACCAGAUUACCUCUGCACAGUUAUCAAAGGUUAUCCAGCACAGCAUCGGGCCCUUCCCCAGAGUCCAGUCCCCCAGCAGAGUCACCAAACCAGUGCCCUCAUCACCCUCACCUCCACCGCCACCUCCACUCCCUGCCCCUCCUGCUCCGCCCCCCUCUCUGCCUCUUAAACCAGUGUCCAUGUCCAAAGCAUCCUCUGCAGGUUCUAAACAAAAGUUUGUUACAGUGGAGGUUCACAGACCAAACGCAGAGCCCGAUGUCAACGAGGUGCGACCGCUGCCCCAAGCCCGAGGUGGCGCUCUGUCUCAGCUGUCAGACAGCGGGCAGACCCUCAGUGAGGACAGCGGGGUCGACAUAGCUGAGUCAGGACAUGUCAGCAAAGACAGCAGCCCCAAUUCCUCACGCACACACCAACCUGCAGACACCCAGGGGGGUGGGGGGGGCAGUCCCUCCAAACCGCCGGGCCUGCUGGAGCCCACCUCUACACUAGUUAGGGUUGCAAAGAGUGCCAGCACCCUUGGGAUUGCCAUUGAAGGUGGAGCCAACACUCGCCAGCCCCUGCCACGAAUCGUUACAAUACAGAGGGGUGGCUCAGCUCAUAACUGUGGCCAACUGAAGGUGGGUCAGGUGAUCCUGGAAGUCAACGGGGUUUCAAUGAGGGGCCGCGAACACAGGGACGCCGCACGCAUCAUUGCUGAGGCCUUCAAGACCAAAGAGAAGGAUUAUGUGGACUUCCUGGUGACCGAGUUCAACGUGGCUCUAUAG